AUGUUCGAAGGCUUUUCGUUCCCGUCCCCUCCAAAGGGAGAUUCCGGCGCGCCAUUAACUACCGGUUACAACACAGGCAUGCUGAUUGACUUCGACAGCAACCUCAUCUCUCCCCUUUGCUCUCGUUCUCCCUCUCCCGUUUCGUUUUGCCACCGAGAUUCAAAAGACCAUCCCUUACUUUGCACACAUUCACGACCUCCCUUCAAACUCCCACCCCCGCCCACUUCCAUCCCAGAUAAUUACAAUACCUGCCAUCGCCUUUCGAUCGGGACGUUAACAAAAAGGCUAGAUGCUCAACGCUUGGACAACGGGGCAAGCAGCGAGAAUGAUGAAGGACAAAGUUUCUCCAUCACAUCACCUCACAGUGCAAGUGUACAUGCCAAUAUGCCUUCGAUUUGGCUAGAGAAUAAGCCGCUGAGCCCCCCAGAUGUGGACCGGGUUGAUACUUCAUCUUGUGCUGAGCCGUCACCUACUUCGACGCUGAUGUACAUUGAGUCCCGUAGCCCAUCGGCCUCUGAAGCAAAUAACCUACCUUAUCGCCCAUCCCAUAAUACGCCCAUCAACCCUCUCGAGCACGAGAACGAGCAGGAGCAGGAGCACGAGCAGUAUUGUUCCCUCCGCCAACACAGGGAAAAUUUAUCCCUUCUGCAAUGCUCUACCAAAACGGUAGCGGAAACCGUUCGUAUCGCCCUCUUACUCGAGGAGGCUGGUCGCACCUGCUCUAGUAAAAACGAGCUCAACGACGACCAGCACCCGAGCUCACUGCCAUCUCCCCCGCCCUCUCGAAAACGAUCGUCCUUCAAUAGCGAUAACUAUCAUAACCAUAAACCCCUCAACAGAUCUGCCACAGAACUUGUAUCCAAGUCUAGACUUUCGCCAUCACCACCCAGCCACGGCUCCAAAGUUGAAAAAUCCCGUCACUCUCUCCGGAAUUCUAACUAUAACGGUGGUUUCCGCAGCGGGGCGAAAUCACCGCAGGGUCUACGGCGAAGGAGUCUGGUGCUGGCUGCUGUCAUCGCGAUGGUGGAAGCUGAGGUUGCAGAAUAG